GCCCUUCAGGUUUUGAACAACUUGCCCUUUUAGAGAUUUUUGUUUACUCAUCUUGUUUACGGAUUUUGCUGAAAUAGCUUGUUGGUUGGUGUGUAGAUCGCAGCGGCGAGGCUCAUUCCGAAGGUCAGAGGACUGGGCUUUCAUUUAAGUCUGUUCAAUAGUUUCUCAUUAUCUAGUGUUCAUAGAUACUUUCCUACUCUCAAUCACCAUCUCGUGUUCCUGGACUCCGACGUUUUUUUUUUUUUUUCCGUCAUGAGAAAAUUUCUCAUCAAUGCUUGUUGGGUCACACCCUCCGGCCUCUAGACCUUUUUUUGCACCAGCGUUUGUCUUCUGAAAGUUCCAGAGCCUCACCUUUUUUUUUCGUUUGUUUGAUUAAGUACAUGUGUUUUAUGUUGUUCCUUAAGUUUAUUGGUGUGGACGCGAUAAUUGAUGAGGACUGACCAAAGACGCCCCCAUAUUUUCCGUUUGCUUAGGCUUCGUCUUCUACUCGACUUGACUCUGAAUGUUGAGCCUCUGGUGGGCUCAUCAUCCCACCCAAGUCUGUAAAAUCUUUUGUGAAAUCUUUGAUGGCAGUAGACGCAGCUGCGAUGAAACGGAAAAGGAGUAGUUCGGAAACAGGAUCCACUAGCCAGGGCACAUCGGGAGCUCUGUUCGAUGUGUUCUUGAGCUUUCGAGGACCAGAUACUCGCAGGACCUUCACAGACACCCUCCAUUGUGCCCUGGAAGAUAAGGGUCUCAGUGUUUUCAUAGACAAGAAGGGGAUCGAUGUCGGUGAUGAGAUUGGCCCUGAGAUUUACCAGGCCAUCGAUGACUCGAAAGUCUGCAUUCCCAUCUUCUCCAAAGGCUAUGCCUCCAGUAGGUGGUGCCUACGCGAGCUGGAACACAUGAUGAAGCGUAGGAAAACCCACGGACUGGAGGUUAUGCCCAUUUUCUAUGACGUGGAACCUUCUGUUGUGAAGCUUGAAACCGGAGCAUAUAGGGAUGCAUUGACUCAGCAUAAAAGAGAACGUGGGGAUGAGACCGUGCAGGGCUGGGAGGAGGCGCUCAAGGAAGUUACUAAAAUCAAGGGAUGGGACACCAGAAACACGGGCCACGGAGAACUUGCACGGUUGAUUGCUCGGAAAGUGUCGGUUAAGCUUAAUGUGUCUCGUGUUCAUAUACCCGAUGAUUUAGUUGGAAUCGAUGAAUCGGUGAACAAAGUAGUAUAUUUGCUGAAUGUCGAAUCCGACGACAUAAGGCUCAUCGGAAUAUGCGGGAUGGGUGGAAUAGGCAAGACGACUCUUGCCAAGGUUGUUUACCGCAAGCUAUCUACUAAUUUUGAGAGUCACAGCUUCAUUUCAAAUAUUCGAGGAGCAUCACAAGGUUCUGGUCUGUCAAGUGGGCAGAGGCAAUUAGUCUCUGAUAUCAUUGGUGAUGUAGGAGUUGAACUUUCUAGCACUGAUCAUGGGAUGAAUAUGAUCAAAACUCGAUUUUGCAGAAAGAAAGUUCUUAUUUUUCUUGAUGAUGUAGACCAUGCGAGCCAACUUAGGGCAUUGGCAGCAACAAAAGAAUGGUUUGGUUGGGGAAGUAGGAUAGUUGUUACAACAAGAGACAAAGGUGUUUUACUUGGAUUCCAAGAUCAAUAUGACCAUUGUUUAAUUUAUGAAGCUGAGGAACUCAACAAUGACAAAGCUCUUCAACUUUUGAGCAAGCAUGCCUUUAGAAGCGACUCUCCUCCAAAUGCAUUCUUGAAACUAUCUAAGAAAGUUAUUGCAAAAACCGGAGGUCUUCCUUUAACUAUGGAAGUGAUUGGCCCAUUGUUACGUGGAAAAAGGGAAACAGUGUGGCAAGAUACAUUGGAAAAGAUGGAAGGUUUUCUUCUUAAGGAUGUGGAGAAAAAGUUAAUGUUGAGUUAUGAGGUGUUAGAUCAUCGGCAUCAACAAAUAUUUCUUGAUAUUGCUUGCUUUCUAGUCGGACAAAACAAGAGUUAUGCAGAUUACAUGUGGGAUGACUAUGUAUUUUUUACGGAUGAGGGGAUUGAUCGUCUGCUUUUAAUGUCCUUGGUGAAAAUCGAAGACAAGAAUGAACUAUGGAUGCAUGAUCAGCUUAAGGACUUAGGCAGGAGCAUUGUGUAUUGCAAAGACCCAAGAAAGGGUUCUUGGGUGUGGAAUCAGGAAGAAGGUCCUGAUUUUGUCCAUAAUAAGAAGGGAACUGAAACUGCUGCAGCUUUCUAUAUGGAACUUCUCCGAGACUCUGUUUUGACAUCAGAAGACUUUAUCGAAGUGCCAAAUAUUAGAUUUCUCAAAAUAUCUGGUAGGACCCUCUCUGGAGACCUUGAGGGUCUCUUUUCAGAAUUGAGAUGGCUUUGUUGGCAACGAUGUCCAAAAGAAAUGCAGGCAACCAACUUUUGCCCAAAAAAUCUAGUCAUCCUUGACCUAUCGCAUAGCUCAAUAGAUGAACAUUGGGGUGGUUGGACUCAACUCAAGGUGGCUACAAGAUUAAAGGUCCUUGAUCUGUCAUGGUGCAGCGAGUUAAGCACAACUCCUGACCUCUCUGGAUAUUUAUCUUUAGAAAUAUUAAAUCUAAAGGGAUGUGAAAGUUUGUUAAGAAUUGAUAGAUCCAUCGGUCACCUGAGACGUCUGAAGCACUUGAGACUAGGUGGAUGUGCUAAGCUCCAAGCGCUACCUGAUGAUUUGGGUUCUCUGAAAGCAUUGACCGAGUUGCUCAUAGAGAAUCAUGAUUUCUGUGAAAGCAUUAGUCAAGUUCCAAGCUCAAUCGGAGAACUCGUAAAUCUUGAGCGCUUGGUCAUUGUUGGAGCCAUCGAGCUAAUGAUGCUUCCCGACUCGAUUGGAAUGCUGAAACGUUUAGCUGAGUUGGAUAUCUCGGAAACAGGCAUUGUAGAGUUGCCAAAAACCAUUGUCAAUCUAGAGAGCUUGAAAGUGUUGAAGAUGAAUGAGAGUCACAUGCAAAAGUUACCCGAGGCUAUUGGGAUGCUGGAGAAACUCGAGGAGAUUUAUGGAGAGCAUUGCACGCUGCUAGAGAUGAUUCCUAGUGAUAUUGCGAGACUACCAGUCUUGAAGAUUUUGAAAUUAACAUACACUCUAGUGAAGAAUGUACCAAAGCUUCCACAGAGUUUGGUAAUUCUACGUCUGUCCUCAACAGUCUCAAGAAAAAAUCCGGAGAUCUCCAACUUAGUGAGUUUAAUAGAUCUGAAUUUAUGUUUUCCCUCAAAAGAUUGCGUUUUUAUAAGUGGCGUUCUAGACAUCUCCAGCAUCUCCAGCCCAAAGUGUAUGUUGGAACUUCCAAGUAUCACCAGCAUAAGCUCAUAUUUGGGUUGCUUUCGCUGUCUGAAAGAGCUUGUACUCUGGAACUGCAACAAGCUACACCGCGUUGGACAGCUUCCCUCUAGUUUGAGGAAAUUUAAAGUUUACGAUUGCAGAUCUCUUGAAGUUGUGGACCUUUCCGACUUAUCUAACUUCAAGAAGCUCAAGGUCCUCCGGGACUGUCCGAAACUGGUUGAGAUUCAAGGUCUUGACAAAUUGGAAUCACUGGAAAGUCUUUACAUCAGAGGUUGUUCCUUGCUACGCUUACCUGAUUUAUCCAACUGGAAGAAGCUGAAAAUGUGGGACGUUGAUGCUCUUACAAUAGAUUCGGCGAGAGGAAAACAAGUAGCUCGAAGCUAUGAUCUCCACCCUAGAAUUUAAAAAAAAGCUUGUAUGAUCAGCAAAUCUUUAUUACGUUUUUUUUUUGGGUCAGAAAAUCCUUAUUACGUUGACUUGUGUCUUAUUUGAUCCAUGAUUUUAGCACAGUAUUUAAGUAGCUUCUCAAGUUCAACGGUCUCAAAUUAUGUUCGAGCAAAAAACCAAGUCUUUGAAAGCAACCUCGUAUUCAUUUCGAUAAAAUAAAUAAAUAAAUAUCGGAUGUUCUGGCUUAUAUUGAAAAGUACGUGCAGUAACAUGGUCAAACCGUGCUUCUAAUCACUCUCUCCAUCUGAUUAUUCCUUAAUUCAAU